AGUGAGGAGCGAAACCGAAGGCUCAACCCCAGGAGACAGUCGUAGAGGCGAUGGCGAGGAGCAGCAAAACACUUUCUCAAAGAAACACGAGUCGUCGUGCCGCGCAGACGAUUGGCGGGAAGCGGGAUCUGCGUACCGGCGAAGGAUGGGAAGCGAGACAGACACAACGCGACGAGAAGGUGGAGUUCGUACGCCGCGAUUCUUGCGCUGGUUGCGAGGACGGAGAGCGGGGCGAGGCAGAGAUCGAGAGGACGAGUCAUCAUCGGAUGAAUGGCAAGGAACGUGCCCGUCGUCGCCCCUCAACAUGCACGCUCUGUACGUGCGACGCGCAGGGCCGCCACGCCCACGCGCAACGGCAGGGGAACGGACGGAGCGAGAGAGGGAGCGAGAAGAGCGAGGGAAGGAGCGGGAGACGAAACAAGAGGAACGAGGGAUGGAUCAAGGGGAGGAGCAAGAGCAUCAGCAAGAAGGGGAGCGCUAGACGGCGCAAGGGGAGGAGCUUCGGCAAAAGUAGACGCAGCGAUUACUAUGAACCAGUUCGCCCCUGCCGAAUCAGUCCCGCAAUCCGCAAAGCCAUACGCUCAAACACCAGACGCCUCAACGCGGGCAGAUGCAGGAGGAGAAGCAGCAAAAGAAGCAGCUGCGGAAAGGGCAG